AUGGCUUAUCUGGUGAAUGCAUUUGAGGAAAUAUUCCAACGGUCUAAGACUGAUUUUGUGGCCAUAUCUACUAUUAACCGGACAGGUUUAAGGAAUUUUCUUUCAUGGGUGGCUAUUGCAGCAGUUGUUGCAGUUUUAAUUCAAAUAUCUUCAUCAUCUGAGAACCAAGAAACUCCUUCAGAGGCUGUAAAAAUCAUUGAGUUGCCUGGGCAACCAAAGGUUAAUUUCCAGCAAUUCUCAGGAUACAUCACUGUGGAUGAAAAGCAAGACAGAGCUCUGUUUUACUACCUUGUUGAGUCAGACUUAGAACCAGCUUCUAAGCCUCUUGUUCUUUGGUUAAAUGGAGGGCCAGGUUGUUCAUCAAUUGGAGCAGGGGCAUUCUCUGAACAUGGACCCUUUAGACCAAGUGGAGACAUAUUAGUCAGAAAUGAGUAUAGCUGGAACAAAGAAGCAAACAUGUUAUACUUAGAGACACCAGCAGGGGUAGGUUUCUCUUAUUCUGCUAAUUCCUCCUACUAUAAAGUCGUGGAUGAUGAUAUGACUGCCAGAGAUAAUUUUGUGUUCCUGCAACGGUGGUUUGCCAAGUUUCCAGAAUAUAAGAACAGAGGUUUCUUCAUCGCUGGAGAAAGCUAUGCUGGUCAUUAUGUCCCACAACUUGCGCUGGUCAUUGUUCAGUCCAACAAGGACAAGCAAUUCAAUCUCAAAGGCAUCGCUCUUGGAAAUCCUCUUUUGGAGUUCACAACUGACUUCAAUUCAAGGGCUAUGUUUCUUUGGUCUCAUGGUUUGAUUACAGAUUCAACAUAUGUCGCGUUCACUUCAGUUUGUAACUUCACUCGCUACGUGAGUGAAUCUUUCAGAUUCUCUGUUUCCUCUGUUUGUGUGGGAGUGAUGGAUCAGGUCAGCAGAGAAGUCAGCAAAUAUGUUGAUCAGUAUGAUGUCACACUUGAUGUCUGUCUGUUAUCCCUUCAAGCACAAUCAAAGGCUCUCACUCGCCCGCAAUAUGAACAUAAAAUAGAUGUCUGUGUACGAGAUGAAACAUAUAUUUAUUUAAACUGGAAACAUGUACAGAAGGCUCUCCACGCUCGUCUUGUGGGUGUCACCAAUUGGAGUAUAUGUAGUAAAGUAAUCCACUAUAAGCUGCUGAACUUAGAGAUACCAACAGUUCCUAUCCUGUGCUCACUUAUCCAAUCUGGGAUUAGGGUCAUGGUUUACAGUGGAGAUCAAGAUUCUAUUAUACCAUUGACUGGGAGUCGGACAUUGGUCCAUGGAUUAGCAAAGGAAUUGGGACUGAACACAACUGUGACGUAUAGGGUUUGGUUUGCACAGAAGCAGGUGGUGGAGCUGAAGGAACAACUAAAAGCGGUGACUCUUCAAAGAAAGAAAGCUGAGAUAGCAACUGCUGAGAUUCUUGCAGUUUUAGAAAAGCAUGGGUUCAGUGACUUCUCUGAGACAUUUGAUUCAAACUCUGACCAAGAAGGUAUCCUCUGUGAAUCUAAGGAGGGUACUGAAUCUCCAAAUAAACUGGAAAGCUCCAUGAUUUCGAAAGCAAGGAUGAUCAAAUUGGUGGAGUUAUCUGGUUUGGAGCAGAGAGGUUCUCCUGAAUCUGGAAGAAGCUUAUCUUGGAAAAGCUGCCCAGAUAGUCCAACUUCUCUCAAAUCGGAGGACAUGGGUCAGGCCAGGAGGAAGCGGAGCAGUUUCAUUUCUAGUGGUGGAUCUUCUUCAAGAAGAAAUUUGGGUAAAUCAUGCCGCCAGCUAAAGCGAAAAGAGACGAGGUAUCAGUUCUCACCUUUAGUUGUUUUCUGA